GCAAAGCGCGGCCCCGCGAGCAUUUGCGGCGGGAGAGCGGCGGGCCGAGAGCGUGACUUGCCGGCUCCGGCGCUGCCUAAUUCCCCGUCGCCGCCCCGCCGCCGUGCGCAACCAUGUCCGAGGAGAAGCCCAAGGAGGGCGUGAAGACAGAGAAUGACCACAUCAACCUGAAGGUGGCCGGGCAGGACGGCUCUGUGGUCCAGUUCAAAAUCAAGAGACACACCCCGCUGAGCAAGCUGAUGAAGGCCUACUGUGAGAGGCAGGGCUUGUCGAUGAGACAGAUUAGAUUCCGAUUUGAUGGGCAGCCAAUUAAUGAAGCGGACACCCCAGCCCAGCUGGAGAUGGAGGACGAAGACACCAUCGACGUGUUCCAGCAGCAGACAGGAGGCUCCCGGGAGACCGGCUGCUGCGCAGAAUGUGGCCUCUAGUGGGACCCGCCCCACUCUGUCACCAUCCUUGUUUGCUGUUGAAUAGUGAAUACGUGACCAUGCCAAUCACAAAGGAGUCUGCGGAAACCGAGGACAUCCACCAAAAUUCCUUUCCUCUGUGACGUCCUGCAGGUGCAACUUAGAACUGUCUGCAGGGACAAAUCCUCGCCUAAUUCCUGGCCAGGCAGUUGUCGUUUUGUUUAGGAAAAUGAGUGUGUUUUUUGGAUUUGGUUUUGCUCUCAUUUUUGUUUCCCCUCCACCUCCUAUGACAUUUCCCCCACGCUUGUGGCCUGAAUGUCCACUGUUAGUCUAGAUGGGGAUCUUAUCCCAGGUAUUAAACCCCUCACCCCGCCACUGCUUAUUCCAGUCUCGUAGAGGGCUCACGUCACCUCAGUGGGGGUGCUUCUGUGGCCAAGUUUUGGGGCAUGGUGGGGAUGGGAGACAAACUUCCACUUACUAUUUCUUGUAGGCACAGGUUUUUGAAUGCCAAAUGUUGCAAAUUUGUUUUGUGAGAAUAUGGUAGAGUUGAAGGGUGAAUACUGGAAUGCUUUGUGAGAGGUGAGAAGGAAAAUAAGCGAAUCACUCAGUAACAUGGGCCUGGGUGCUCUGCCCGCAAGUGCCCCGCAUGCGAGGUGGGCGCAGUGCCCUUGGUGCUGCCUGAGUGAAACCUGGUGCAACGAAAUGGGCUUUUCCCCUUUUCUUACUACAGACGAAAGCAGUUCCCACAUUUCUCACUUGGUGAUAGUACCAUGGCUUCAGAUUUCUUCUGGUAUUUGCUUCUGAUGAGUAAUUAUGGUCUCAAUAUAAAAAAGUACGAUUAAGUAUUGCUGAGUUUGCAGUGACGUUUUGUGUAAAAGCUGCUUCAAAGUGUGGUCACACACGGCCCGUGCAGAGACAACUUCCUGUCCCUCUCGUGGGCUGUGCUCUGCUGCUUCCCAAACCUUGGCUGUGACUUCAGUCUGUGAAGUGUUUGGGGAUCUGUACCUGUUAAAACUUAGUUCUACUGCCCUUCUGUACGGACCCACUGCUGCCUGGCGGCCCUGCUCUGCCUCGUUCUGUCACCUGGACAGUGCGACCACGACCGUCAUCUCUCGCUUGCCCAGAAUCUUGCCUUUCCUUUGUUUUGCUGUUGGGGCGUGGGUGGGGUGUCUGCCGGCCAUGUUAAUUCACCAGUUUGUAUAUUCUUUGUUGUCCUUUACUACUGUAAACAGUAAAUAUAGUUUGGUAUUCUGUC